UGGCAGAGCAGGGGAGGCACAGGGCCCAGCACAGGCUCCUCCUGGCAGAGACUCUGCUUUUCACACCUUUCUUAAGUUAGUUUCUACCUGACUCUGGAAAGGACACUGUCUGCCCCUGGGCCCCUGGAGGCCCCUAGGCAGGGGACCAGAUUGGGGAUAAGUUGUUGAGGUCUGUCAUUUCAGUCUAAACCCCUAGUAGAGACUAAAUGCUAUGCAGCCACUGGGCACAUGCCAUCCUUCCUUCUCAUCCUGGUGUUAGCUAUGUCCCCUUUUCCCAGAGGCCUAAAAAUUUAAAAUAGGCCCACAAAUAGAUAAAGGGAUAGAAUUGUCCAUGCCCAGACAGGAAAGACAAGUUUGAAAGGCCCACCCCCAGGACUGGCAGAGGCUCUACCUGAGGAGUUGGGGUAAAAGUCUUGAGUGUGCAGAAAAGAUUGCCAGGAUACAUUAGUGAUGUCUGCCACAUGCAGGGAAGACUGCUAGGAUGGAUUAGUGAUGUCUGCCUAAAUCUGAGACUAUAGAGGAGUGCUAGAGUGGAUUGGUGAUGUCUGUCUAGGUCUGCUCAUAUAGAGAAGAGGGCUAGGAUGGAUUGAUUAGUGAUGUCUGCCUAGGUCUGGGCAUACUGGGAGGAGUGCUAAAAUAGAUCAGUGAUGUCUGCUCUGGGUGUGAGCACUGUGAAUUCCGGAUGCGUGGGCACUACCACUGCCUCCGGACUGGCUGCUACUUUGUGACCAACAUCACCACCAAGCUGCCGUGGCACAUAAAGAAGCAUGAGAAGGCUGAGCGGCGGGCGGCUAAUGGAUUCAAAUACUUCACUAAGCGGGAGGAGUGUGGCAGGCUAGGCUGCAAGUACAACCAGGUGAACAGCCACUUCCACUGCAUCCGGGAGGGCUGCCAGUUCUCCUUCCUCCUCAAGCACCAGAUGACCUCUCACGCCCGGAAGCACAUGCGGAGGAUGCUGGGGAAGAACUUCGACCGAGUACCCGCCUCCCAGGGCCCCCCAAGCCUGAUGGACGUCGAGACAGACGAGGGCAUGGAUUACACCGGCUGCAGCCCCGGUGCCGCCUCCUCCGAGUCAUCCACCAUGGAUCGGAGCUGCUCCAGCACCCCGGUGGGCAAUGAGAGCACUGCGGCAGGCUGCCCGGCUCCUCCUCCUCUUCCUCUUCCUCCUCCUGCUGCUGCUGGUGACGAGGCUGCCCGCGGGGCUCUGCAGCCCCCCCUGGCUCCAUCCUUCCCACCGGCCGUGCUGCGGCCGCCCCUCCCUCCCCUCCCAUGCCUCUUCUCUCCGUCCUGUCUCUCAUACUCUCUGCUCAGUGCCAACCUCGGAGCCAGCCGGGGCCUGGCCCACCCCAUCAGCAGCCCGCCCAGCUUCCCGCCUGUCACUGCCACUCCAACUCCAGUAAAAAGUGACGUCCCCCUAGUUCAGGAUGCUGCAGGGAACACCAUCUCCAUGCCCACCGCCUCGGGGGCCAAAAAGCGCUUCUGGAUCAUCGAGGACAUGUCGCCCUUCGGCAAACGGCGGAAGACAGCCUCCUCGCGCAAGAUGCUGGACGAGGGCAUGAUGCUGGAUGGCUUCCGGCGCUUCGAUCUCUAUGAGGACUGCAAGGACGCGGCCUGCCAGUUCUCGCUCAAGGUCACCCACUACCACUGCACGCGGGAGAACUGCGGCUACAAGUUCUGCGGGCGCACGCACAUGUACAAGCACGCGCAGCACCACGACCGCGUGGACAACCUGGUGCUGGACGACUUCAAGCGCUUCAAGGCCUCGCUCAGCUGCCACUUCGCCGACUGCCCGUUCUCGGGCACCAGCACGCACUUCCACUGCCUGCGCUGCCGCUUCCGCUGCACCGACAGCACCAAGGUCACGGCGCACCGUAAGCACCACGGCAAGCAGGACGUGAUCAGCGCAGCGGGCUUCUGCCAGUUCAGCUCGAGCGCCGACUGCGCCGUGGCCGACUGCAAGUACAAGCUCAAGUGCUCGCACUUCCACUGCACCUACCCGGGCUGCCGCCACACGGUGGUGGGCAUGUCGCAGAUGGACUCCCACAAGCGCAAGCACGAGAAGCAGGAGCGCGGGGAGCCCCCCGCCGCCUCGCCCUCGACAGAGGCGGGGACCCCUGGUGCUCCGGGCCAGACGAGCAGCUCAGCGCCGGAGGACAGGGCGCCCCAGGGGACCUGCAGGGCUCCAUCCGGGCAGAGCGAGGACCAGGGACCCGACCUAGCCUCUGGCAGGGCCCCUAGGGCGGCUAAAGGCCAGCAGGGCCACACUACAGGGACCCCGCCAAAGCCCCAGGCCUGGCUGCUGCACCUGUCCCCUCCCCUGGGCUGGCGACACCGCCACCGGCCCAACCCCCCCAAAUGCAGGCUGUGUCCCCGAGAGGUGGGGCCCGGGGUCUCGGCCACCCCGGCGGUCCAAAUAGGAAGGAUGCGACUGUUUUUGGCUUUAAUAUUCAGAAUGGGAAGAUACCAGAAAGUUGUACAGUAUUUUUCCGGCAAAGGGACCUGCCCGGGCUGGAACACUGUGUACCCAGAUCCAAUCCGGAUGCUGGUGAGGCUGCUGCCUGGAUCACGCGGUGGCAGAGACCCAGGGGGCAAAGGCCUGGGCCCCAUGCUUCAGGACCUGCUCCCGAGCUUGCUCAAGGACCUUCUAGCCUGCCGACCCGGGGAUAGUGGAGGCACCGUCAUGGUUGAGGCCCUGCUCCGUCCAGGGCUCCCUCUCUGGUGCCAUCAGGAGGGGCCUCAGCAAAUGAUAAAUGGUCCCCAACCUCCCCAGUGGUGCCGUUCCCGGGCCCAGGUGUCCCGUCCUGUGGAAGUUGCUGGGCAGGCUGGGUCACCCUUUGGGUCCCUGUUGAAGUUUCCUGACUCCUAA